AAACCAAACAAUCUUUCAUUCAGGUAUCUCAACGACGUGGACUACUACGGCGGGUUCGAGCAGGAAGAUCUGGAGCAGCUGUUCGAUGCGAUCCGAUCCAACUACAAGGCGUGGUGCUCUGGUUUCGCACCCAUGGCGGUCGGCGGGGACUUGGACUCGGUGGCGGUCCAGGAGUUCAGCCGGACCCUCUUCAACAUGCGCCCAGACAUUGCCCUAAGCGUCGCCCAAACCAUCUUCCAGAGCGACACGAGACAAAUUCUCCAUCUGAUCACAGUGCCCUGCCACAUUUUGCAGAGCGUAAAAGACCUCGCUGUCCCUGUCGUCGUCACAGAGCAUCUGCACCAGAAUCUGGGCGGCGAGUCAAUCGUGGAGGUCAUGUCAUCGGACGGUCAUCUUCCGCAGCUGAGCUCGCCGGAUAUUGUUAUACCGGUGAUACUCCGGCACAUUAGAUACGAUAUUGCGGCGUAAUUGUAGUAAAAAAUAAUUAUGAUAAUAAUAAUGUAGGUGGUGGGGGUGAUUAGUUUUUUUUUUGGUUUGUUUUUGUUGAUGUUGUUUUUGGUGGUGGGUGUGGCUAGAUUGGGGGCCAUUUGUUAGCUUUGGGACGAUAGGUUUUUGUUGAGGUAAAUGCUAGCCUUAUAAUAUUUUUAUACUAUAUCACCUCUUUAAUAGAGAUGGAGCUCACCAAUACAAUUGGGUCAUCUUUAUUAGAGAGACAGUACAUAAUGUGAUAUAAAAAUGUGGUAAGUUUAGUAUUUUCCUUUUUAUUGUGUGGUCUUUGUUGGUUGUCGUGUUCAAAAGUCGUGGAUGGUGUGUGAUGCUGUUGAUCA